AUGGCGUCCAACGGAUUGCACAAGGUCCUGAACGGACCAGUGUUUCGGCACUUGAACGCGGGCUUGCUCAACGCGUACUCGGACUCGGCGACGCUGCAUCUCGCGAUGGACUCGCUGCUCUGCACGAUCGAGUCGUUCGCGCUGCUUUUGACCGACGUGCCGCUGCGCACGUCGUUUGUGAAGCAUGUUUUGCUGUCGUCGGGGCUGCUCCACGAUUGCCUCGUGCCCUACUUUCUCGUCGUGCUCACACUGCACCCGGUGAGCGCGGCCGCGCAUCCCACCGAGCCAACGUGGUUUCAGUACAAGGAUGCCGCGACCGGACAUCCCUACUAUUACAAUUGCAAGACGCACGAAACGCGGUGGCAACUCCCGCCCGGCAACUGCGUGACGCCGGCGCGCAAGAUUCAGCUGCACGUGCGCUGUCUCACGCACUGGCUACGGCUAAUGGUCGCUUUGACGUUCCAAGCUGCGUCCAUCCAUACGACAGCGAGUCCGCUGACGGCGCCGUAUCUCCAUGAGUGGCUUAGCGGGCUCUGCGCUGCCGUGCUCGAAGCGCCGACCUCGUCAGCGACACACCCCGUCGUGCUCUUCUUCUUGGAAAACGGCGCCGCGUUCCACUACUUUUUGUCCAUCUUGAUCAACGUCGACGCCUUUCAGCACGCCAUGUACAACAGCAAUAACCAAGUCGCACGGCUACUGGCGCUUCUCUGCGCACCGCUCGACACCCGAACGCGCUUCCACGCGAAAUGCGUGCUCGCGUCGAAAAAAGGCCUGCACGUGCUUCGCGACAAGCUCUCGUUUACGCUCGUCCUUGGACUCUUGCAAGCCCCGGAGGUCUAUUUUAUGGCCCACCCGCAGGCCUUGCCGCAGCCAAAGGAGCGUUGGGACCAGUACAUUGGCAACGAUGGCCACGCCAUCUACUACUACAACGUCACGACGCACGAGUCGGUGUGGGUGCUUCCCCCCCCGUUGCCCCCCGGCUGGAUUGUCGUGUGGUGCGAAGACUAUGAGCAGGGCUACUUUUACAAUUCGGUGACGCGGUCGUCGUCCUGGGAGCGCCCGGCCAUGACUGAGCUACAUAGCGCAGUGCGCCUUGCUGCGCCCGUGGAUGCAACGUUUGAAGCGUACAGUGAACGCGUCAUGCUCGAGUGGGUAGCGACCGCCAUGCAGUUUCGCGGCCGCCGGCGCAGCGUCGCACCGACGAGCAUCGGCCAACACGCUUCGGGGCAUCGCCGGCCGAGCGUCGUCGCCCACAACCUCGAUUACCAAGGGCUCUCGCGCUUCCAUGCGCCCAAAAUGUUGCCGCCCGUGCGCGACAAGAAGGUGUUUCAGCAAGAGAACGGCCCCAAGAGCCCACCGGCUGCAACGAUUCCCGCCAAGUUUCUCUGCCCCAUCAACCGCUCUCUCAUGCUCGAGCCCAUGUAUUCGCCCGAGACAGAAUUGACGUACGAACACCAAGCGAUCGUGCACGUCGUUCAAGAUGGUGCUGGCGUUUGCCCCGUGACCCAGCGCUCCGUGGUAACGUUACCACGCUGCUCGACAUCUCGAUUCAUCCUACAUGUUGCUGUAGGAUUUACACAAAUUGGUGCUCAACACAAAGUUGCAACAAGAGAUUCGCGCUUUCCAGACAAAGUGGAAGACGAUGCGGCCCUUGCACCGUAA